AUGCCUUACAACUGCUGCCUGCCCAGCAUCAGCUGCCGUACCAGCUGUGCUUCUCGGCCCUGCCUGCCUCCCAGCUGCCACAGCUGCACCCUCCCUGGGGCCUGCAACAUCCCUGCCAAUGUGGGCACCUGUGGCUGGUUCUGUGAAGGCUCCUUCAAUGGCAAGGAGAAGGAGACUAUGCAGUUCCUGAACGACCGCCUGGCCAACUACCUGGAGAAGGUGCGGCAGCUGGAGAGGGAGAACGCCGAGCUGGAGAGUAGGAUCCGAGAGUGGUGCCAACAGCAGGUCCCCUACGUGUGUCCAGACUACCAGUCUUACUUCAGGAUCAUUGAGGAGCUCCAGCAAAAAAUCCUGUGUACCAAGGCAGAGAAUACUAGACUGGUGGUGCAGAUUGACAAUGCCAAGCUGGCUGCUGAUGAUUUCAGAACCAAGUACCAGACGGAACUGUCCUUGCGUCAGCUGGUGGAGGCUGACAUCAAUGGCCUGCGCAGGAUCCUGGAUGGGCUGACCCUCUGCAAGUCUGACCUAGAGGCUAAGGUGGAAUCCCUGAAGGAGGAGCUGCUCUGUCUCAAACAGAACCAUGAGCAGGAAGUCAACACCCUGCGAUGCCAGAUUGGAGAGAGACUUAACGUGGAGGUGGACGCUGCCCCAACUGUGGACCUGAACAGGAUACUGAAUGAGACCCGGUGUCAGUAUGAAGCUGUGGUGGAGAACAACCGCAGAGAUGUGGAGGAAUGGUUCACCACUCAGACAGAGGAACUGAACAAGCAGGUGGUGUCCAGCUCUGAACAGCUGCAGAACUGCCAGGCUGAGAUCAUCGAGCUGAGGCGCACUGUCAACGCCCUGGAGAUUGAACUGCAGGCCCAGCACAACCUGAGGAAUUCUCUUGAAAACACCCUCACAGAAACCGAGGCUCGUUACAGCUCCCAGCUGUCCCAGGUACAGUGUAUGAUUGGCAACGUGGAGUCCCAGCUGGCUGAGAUCCGUGGUGACCUGGAGAGGCAGAACCAAGAAUACCAGGUGCUCCUGGAUGUCAGAGCGCGGCUGGAAUGUGAGAUCUCCACAUACCGUGGCCUGCUGGAGAGUGAAGACUGCAAACUUCCCUGCAAUCCCUGUGCUACUACCAACGCCUGUGGCAAGCCCAUUGGCCCCUGCCUGAUCAGCAAUCCUUGUGCCCCCUGCACACCUUGUGUCCCUCGAUCUCGCUGUGGUCCUUGUAAUUCAUUUGUGCGCUAA